AACGGAAACAAUAACAAAGGAGGAAGAGGAGGAGAGGAAAAGAGAAGGGAGAGACAAUGAAGGAGAGGCAGAAUGAGCUGAACCCUCAUCUGGAGUAAAUCUCUCUCAAUCUGAUCAGCGGGAGAGGAGAAGAACUGUCUAACGUGUGUGGACACACUAACUCUCAGGUCUGCCCUACUGCUUCAUGAUUAAAAGUCUUCCAGAAGAUUCUUCUCAUCGUUUUUUAUCUAUUAUCUUUCCAUCGGAACAUCUUUUCUUGAACCAACAUCUCAUAUUGUGAAGUGAAGCCACGUUUUAUAGUUUUUUAAAUGGAGAUUAUGAGGAGCACCAUGUUCCUUCUUCCCCUGGUUCUUUCUCUACUUCACCCCACAUCUGCCACAUCAGGCCCAGACUUCAACUACGGAGCCCACCCGCGCUUUGUCUGCACCCCAAUCCCUGCAGACGCAGACCCUUCUUGCUUCCCCACAGCAGGUACGGGCGGCGGGUCGACUGGGCCUGGAGGAUCAAACCAUCAGAACGUCCCUCCCAGCGGCUGGUGGGGGGCCAGCGACGAGGCUAAAGCCACCAUCCUCCACCUGAGGGAGAGCCUUGUGCAGCAGAAGGAGAUCAUCCUGGACCAGAGGGAGACCAUCAGAGAGCUGACGGCCAAGCUGACCCUGUGUGAGGGCGCUGGGCGAGGCCCGUCGCUUCACGAUGAGCACCACGGCUCUGUGUCAUACUCGCAUCACAAGGGAUUGUCCGUUCACCACACAUCAUACACCGACAACAGUCACUAUGGCAACGGCAGACUCAUCCCAGACUCACAGCACCACCACUCCUCUGUCCAACGAGCCGACGGAGGGUUCGGCGGCCACAACCACGGGAAGGACAAACAUGGGACGGCGGGGGACAGCACAUCGACGACGGAGCAGCUGGAGAGGAUGCUGCAUGCGCUGAAAGAGAGGCUGGGCAGCCUGCAGAAGAGGAACAGCACCAGCACAUACUCCAACUCUCUGAAGGAGCUGCUGCAGAGGAAGAUCAGCACCCUGGAGGAGCAGCUGCAACACCACACCGCCGCCCUGGGCAGCAGCGCGGACCAACACCGCGAUGACGGAGACCACCAUGACGACGGUUACCACGACGACAACCACAAGCACGACCACGACGACGAUCACCACGACGUCCACGACGACACCGGAGACCACACGGACCAUCAUGACGACAGCCACAGCGAAGACCGUCAUGACGGAGGUCAAGAUGAUCAUGAUGAAGGUCACGAUAGUGAUAGCGAGGAGGACGAGGAUGAGGAGGACGAGGAGGAGGAGGAAGAGCGAGGAGAGGAGGAGGAAGAGAAUGAUCACAGGAGCAAUGAAACAGAGGAUCACAGUUACCUCCCACACACUGGGUACAGAACUGGUUUCCACUCUAAUAAACUGGAAACGAUGCUCAACCAGCUGCACCUGACAGCUUCCAACAGGAAACAUUCCAAGAACCUGGAUGCCUUCCAGAUCAGCUUCCCGAUGAGAACCAACUACAUGUACGGACGGAUGAAGAGGACUCUGCUGCAGGAGAUCUUCGCUCUGACCUUGUGCCUCUGGAUGAAGGCAGGCGUGGGACCCGGACUGGGGACUCCUUUCUCCUACUCCGCACCUGGACAGGCCAAUGAGCUGGUGCUCAUCGAGUGGGGCAACAACCCCAUCGAGCUGCUGAUCGAUGACAAGGCUGUAACGCUGCCCUUAUCUCUGAGUGAUGGGAAGUGGCACCAUGUUUGUGUGACGUGGACAACGAGGGAUGGACAGUGGGAGGCCUACCAGGACGGUGUGCAGCGGGGGUCUGGGACGAACCUCUCUCCCUGGCACUCCAUCAAACCUGGAGGGGUCUUCAUCCUGGGCCAGGAGCAGGACACUCUUGGAGGCCGUUUUGAUGCCACUCAGUCGUAUGUGGGAGAGCUGUCAGACCUCCACAUGUGGUCGCACGCCCUGAGCGCCGCUGACAUCUACAGCCUGGCCUCCUGCGGCAGCCACUUACGCGGUGACGUAAUCGACUGGUCCGAGUCGGAGGUGGAACUUCACGGCGGCGUUGCUAGGUACCCGUUCGAUCCCUGCCACUGACGGAAGGUUUACCCGCCCAAGAAGAAGAAUCUCGAGAAAUCAUAAGAUCUUUGGACUUCAAGUAUUCAGAUCGUUUGCCUUCCUUUAAACGAUUUAUCAAAUGAUGCAAAAAGGAGGAUAAAAUUGUAGCCUGAUGACUGUAUUUACAGAGAAUGUGUUUGAUGUUCUCUCUCUUUUUUUAAAUGAAUUAGUGUUUUAUUAUAAACAGACAAGUGCUGACUGUGACAUAUUGUCAUAAUGUGAAUAAGAUUUAAUGAUUUCAGUUCUGUGCUGAUGUAAGCAGGACCUUAAAGGGUUCGGCUGUAGAUUAGAGUUAGUUUAAUGAAAUUCAGACAUGUUUUCAUAAAUCUCUUUAUAUUUUGGAUUCUCUUUUUUAAGGUUUCCAUGAAACAUACAGCUAAUUUACCAAAGAAACCGUAGAACUCAAAUGUUUUUAUCUGUUUUUUUUAAUUAUUUAAAUCUAUAUGUAAAGAUAGAAGACUUCAGAGAGAGUUUAGUCUUAUGCACUCUGGUUUGACUGCCUCAGUUUUGUGUUUUUUAAACAUUUAAAAAAUCUUCUGUUGUUUUUCCUCAACUUUUUUGUCCUCAAUGCAAGGUUGUUCACAGAAAAAACCCUUAAUAUUCAUCACUUUUUUUUGGUUGUACAGUGAGUAACUUCUAACUUGUGUGUGUUGAGAUUGUUGAUUGUGGCUUCUGAAUUUGUCA